CCAUUUAUAGUGGCCGAUAUAUGCGCGAAUGAAGAAGUUCUUGACUCUAAAUCACCAGGUGACUGGAACACACCUAUUAGUUCAUGGGACCCAAAUUAUUGUCACAAGAAAUUUCUCGAAUUGACUGUCGAAAGCGAAAUAUUCAAACCAGUGUUCACUGAAGUUUUGUGCUCAACUAACAAUGAUACAAGUCUCGUCAUCAAUCAACAGUUAUUAUCAGUUUGUAGUACCAAGAACGAAUUAUUGAACGCAGCAUACCGAGAAAUAAUUAAAGUAUACUAACGAUAUGGAUGUUUUUCUUCGUCAUCGUAAUGUGAUGAACAUAGUCGACAAAUUUGUAAUCUCGUUCGUAUUCCUACCUGUCUACACUGCUGCAAGCAUCCCUGUAUUUGCUUCUAUGUAUUUGUAUGAUAAAAUUAAGGGCAGAAAUCUGGGAGAAACUUGGAGACGGGGUGAGAUUGAGAAUGAAAAAGAAUAUAUUCGAGAGUUUCUUCAAGAUUUUGAAAACAAGAAAUUCGAAAUAGUAUAGGUGAAUGCAUUAAUAAAGGUGAAAAUGAAUUCGUAGAUAAAAUUAAUUGCUAUCAUAAACUCGUACUUAAGAUAAUUGCACAUGAACAGAAAGCCUAUGGACUAGCAUGUGCUUUGGCUCCACAAUUCGCACGUAUAGAAUGUCAAUUAGUAGCCAAUCUUGAUUUAUCCGAACAUAAUGGUGAUUCGCCAGAUAUUAAACAAGAAGUUAUAGGCGAAGGCGGACUUUUCCUAGUUCAUCCGUGUUCUUAG